AUGGCAGUCAUGCGGACUUCGUUGCGAGAGCCAGCUCGUGCGAGGUUGGAACGUAAAACAGGGUUUUCUCAUACGUUGCCUUCACGCUGGACGGAGAAACGAAGACAUGACAAAGGCUCGUUUCGAGCAGAUACCGUACCUUGGACGAUUGGAAUCGACUUCGUCGCCAUACAAAUGCAGACGUCAUACAAGCUCAUAUCGACCGCCUGGCCCGAGAUAUUAGGCCGGCACGAAAAGACUCCCUCCUCGUACCCUCCACCUUCACCCACCGUCCAAUCGACACCUCAGGCUCGCCAUUACUGCCGCCUGGGCAAGCUUGCGCGUUGGUCCGUGCCACGCUUCCCCAGCACAAAAUCUGCUUUCGCCAGCCCGCUUCCUCCUCUUCUUCUUCCACCAACAACAGCGACAGCAACAACAACAGGCCUUCGCGUUUCUGUCGGGGCGUUGUCCCCAACAGACUCCUUACCAGUCGGCGGUGGCGGCUAUGGCGGUCGCAUGCUGCUGCCGUCGGCUGGGUUGAGCCUACGGCGUGCUGCCCGCUGCCGUCGCCAGGGCUGGUCCGCUCCUGACCCAUACAAUGGGGCCAGCCAACGGCGGCGGCGGGUACAGGAGGAGGCUAGCGGGUUGGCGAUGGCCUGCCCCGCCGGCGUGCCCAUCGCCGGUGCCGUUGCAGUGGCACGAAGAUGCCAUCGCCCUACCCGGCGCGGCUCUGCCGUUGCUCAAGAAGAAGCCCUCCGAAUCGAAUACCACCAAGCCGAUUCAGCCAUCAGUAUCGGCUGCAGCAGCGCCAGCUUUCAUCGUCCCGCCUUCCAGCCAACUCCGCCAUGA